AUUGAGGCCGAAGGACUGGAAUAUGCCAGGCUAUGUGGAGAGGGGAUCACGAGGGCACAUUACACAGCGAGUGCUUUAUUGACCUUGCCGGGUACCCAGGAGGGGCAUGGGGCAGGGUGAUGCAAUGCGCCCGGACGGUGUUCAGACAUGGGAAUCGGCUGCUUGUGACUGCCAAGCUCCUGGGUACCAGGAGGGGCAUGGGGCAGGGUGAUGCAAUGCGCCCGGACGGUGUUCAGACAUGGGAAUCGGCUGCUUGUGACUGCCACGCUCCUGGGUACCAGGAGGGGCAUGGGGCAGGGUGAUGCAAUGCGCCCGGACGGUGUUCAGACAUGGGAAUCGGCUGCUUGUGACUGCCACGCUCCUGGGUACCAGGCAAGGUCAGCUCCUGUGCUCCCGGCAAUGGCGGCACCCAGAGUCCUCCUGCUGCUCCUCCUCAUGACACUCACAUUCAGCUCUGCAAAGGCGAGGAUCCAAUGCAACAAGCAUAAGGAAGACAUCGACGCGGUGAGUGGCUCCUGGGUCCUACUGCCCUGCCAGUUCAACUGGACAGGGGUGGUGCCUGAGGUGCAGCGUGCGGUCUGGCAGAAGGACUCCAUGGUGGUGCACAACACAGACCCUCAGCAGCAGAAACACCAGGACCGCAUGUACGCGGACCGCACCUCCGUGGCCGCCAACUGGUUCGAGAAGAAAGAUCCCUCGCUGAAUCUGACCGGGCUCACUGUGAAUGACACUGGAAUCUACGAAUGCAGGGUGAACACCGACCGGCCACAAUCCUUCGACACCUGUGCCACCAUCAAACUGACCGUCACUGAUGCUGCCGGUGCCGUGUUUGGGCCCACUAUACUCCUCUUCAUUGGCCUGGCGCUUGGAACCUUCUUCAGCUGAUGGGAUCCGGAACAGAACGUGUCAGGUCUUGUACAUAUAAUCUGAAGCAAGCACUUCAAAAGACAAGAUGUUGUGUGCCUGUUCGUUUAGGAACUGAUGCCAGAACUCCCCAACUCUAAUUAAAGUGAAUCUUUGCAUGUGACUUCUGCCUCACCAUCCGUGUCCCACCCAUGUCUUCGCUGUGUCCUCAUCCAUUGCCCAUUGCUUUUCCCACCUCUUCUCAUUAGGGAAGGUGCCACUCAGGCUCUGUGUGUCUUCUGUGAACUUGGUCUCUGGGGUCCCCUAUCAGACAACUGCAGGAGAUAGGCAGGCGGACAGAUGAACAAAGAGAACAAGAGAUAGAUAACAGGAGAAAGAAAGGGAGGAGAGACAGACAUAGAGAAAGAGAGAUGGACCGACAGACAACAGAGAAAGAGAGUGUGACAAUGGAGAAAGCGAGAACACAGAGAGAAACACAGACAGCUGACAGAGAGAGAGGGAGACUGAGAGAGAACAGAGAGAGAGGCAGAUAGAGAUGACAGAAAGGGUGACAGAGAGAGACAGACAGAUGAUACACAGAGAAAGUGAGAGAGACUGCAGAGAGAAAGAAAGACAGAGGGAGAGAAAAAACCGAGAAAUAGACAAAGGGUAAGAGAGAAACACUGCAAAAACAGAUAGAGAGAAAAACAAAGAAAACAGAAAGAGAGAGAAAAACACAGAAAAACAGAUAGAAAGAGAAACAAAAAGUGAGACAGAUGGAGAGAAAGACUGAAGGAGGGAGGAAGUGAAGGAGGGAAAGAGAGUCAUCUUUCUUGAUGCAAAUCUGCAGUUGUGAGUGUGUGAGGGUUGGUAGUCAGUGGUUGGGCGGGGGGGUGGGGUUGCUGUCAGGGGUUUGUCAAGCUGAUGUCACAGUGUGUAUGAAGACCCUCCCACAGUGCCUCUAUCCUCUCUCUCAGCAAGGAGAUGCUGGCGGUUGAGACAGACCCCCUUAUCCCUUGUCCGGACCAGCACUGAAUCUGCAGUUGGUAAGUGGUGCUCGUGGAGUUUUGGCAUGGGGGAAUCACCAUAUGAGAGAUCAGUAACUCUCAGUCCUAAUCCUGUUUAUUAAUUUAAAACAUAAUCACAAUCCCCUAAAUCACUCCAUUCCGUUUCUAAUCUCCAAUUCCACUUAUUAGCCGUUAACCUCCGCAAGAAGUUCCUAGCCUUAACUACUAACUUAGUUCUUGCUCCUAACACUGAACUGUAAUAACCAGUGUUACUGAUCUCUAAUGAUGAAUUCAUGUCCCCACCUCCAGCUGUCUGGAUUUGACCACCAUUCUGUAGCUAUUAAGAAAUUCUCUAAUGAUUCCUGGCCCAGAUUCCCGGGAUAGGAACACUAAUAUUUAUCCCAGUCACUAGUCAAUAGUUACACUCACUAAUGAUACCAAAGCUAACCUCUAGUGCAAAAUCUUAAUCAUUAAUUAAUAACUAAUCACUAGUAUUAACCACUUACCACUAAUUGAAACAAUAACCAUUGACUGUUAUCUAACUCUAAAACUAACCCACUAAACCUCCAGCCUAACCACUAGCUACCACCCUUAACACCCAGCCAAGUUUAACCAGUAAUUCCACCUGCUAACUUCAACUUUUUUGUAUAUUAUGGAGAUUGAGGGGGGAUUAAACAGAGAAGUGUACAGAAGAAAUCAGGAUUAGUCAUAGGAUUCAUUUAUUUAGCUACAUUAUGCUUGUUCUUCACAUAUUAUAGAAGUUCUUAACCAUGUCAUUACUCAUUAAUCACAAUGUAUCUACUAUCAGUUAACCUUCUUCACCAGCAACCAUAAUUCCAACCAAUGACAUUGAUCCUAACUAACAAUAGUCCAUUGGCACGAAAUAAGCAUUCAGCUCUGUAUUGCCAUGGAAGCCAAAUGUUGACCUGAUCCAGAAGAAAUCCUUGUGUGUUAUUCAGGUGUAACAAUAAUUUUACUGAAUCCCAGAGCAUUUGUGGGAAUGUCAAUUCUCAAGCACUGUGACCUUAAGUAGGGUGUAGGUGCAUUUUUCCCAUCAUUGCAAUUAUGAGAACAUGUAAGCUUUGAACCACCCACCCAAGAUCUGCUGCAUUGCUGAACCACAAUGACAUGGUUCCUUCUCUCCCCCCUGCCCCGCCCCCCCGUUCACGAUCAGUUGACUCCGCGCUUGGAAUUGCCGCUGGGCACUGGUGGCUUCCACGAUGACCUUUGCACUCAGAUACCUGGGAUGACUAACACAGAUCUGGGCUCUCAGGAGAUCACCAGAGAACAGGACGCACCGACUGGCAGGAGGAACUCGUAGCUCCGAGUGUGAUAAACUACAAACGCCCAGUACACAACAGCCCUCUUCCAACCAUUCAUGCUUUUCUUUUUAUUGUGUGUUUGGGAGGUGAGGUACACCGCAAGGUCACCCCUCGUUCAGUCAGACAGGGAACAGGCUACAGUGGGCCUUUGGCAUGUAGGAGAAUGUUUAGUACCCUUCAGUCAGAGAACAAGAGACAUUGUUUCCUGAAGGUCACUGUUCAGAUGCCAGACCUGCGUUCUUUUAUUCAUCUGGAAUCUCAUUCCUGGCCAUUUCACUCUUCCGUUUAUCGCAGAGUCACGGUGUUUAAUUGUGAAAAUUAGUAAUGAUUCUGAGCGUCCUUGAGGAGAGGCUUGUGAGCCGUCGAAACCCUGAUGAUCGUUAACCUUGCUCUUGUAAUUGUUAAUUCCCCUUUCAUUACCCUGGUUUCUGUUGUUGUUCCUUUGGUGUUCACAGUCCCCAGUAGAGCCGUUGAUGUCUGUUUCCCCCUUUGGUGACACCUUGGUGAUGUACAGUAUGUUAUUGGUACCCACCUCUCCAUUGGUGUGUAGUUCAGUAUAUUUCUGGUGCCUCUGUCUUUCACGUGCACUCCCAAUUGGAACCACUUCCAUAUCUCUGUCAGUGUGUCCCUGCUCUCACUCUCUCUCCCCCUCUGCCCCUGCCGCCCAAUUUCAUGUUGCCCAUCUAAUGAACUCGCUGAUCUAAACACAAGCCUUGGCUACUAUGCAAAGGCAACUCCUGCUCCACUAACCUUGCUCACUAAAGCCUGCCUUCCCCAACUAAUUGAAUAUGAAACCAACUCCUGGUACCUUCAAGAGCUGUGGAACUGGAUGGCGAAGGGCAGGGUGUGGGAGUGGUCUUGGCUGUUUCAGUCCGAACCCAUUUUGCUAAUCAGUGAUCUUAUUCCUGACCUAUACGUGUUCUUGCAUGCAUUUUGAGAAAGAGACUCUUUUGUGACGCUGUUUGAUGUGUUACUACUAAUCACUGUGUCAUGGCUACUGACUGCUCUUUCACCGGUAGAAUAAAGCUGUGUCUUAUGCACCUUUUCCAA